CCUGGUUCCGCUAACUUGCGCAUUUUGAGAAGGGUGCCUCAACUUUUUCUCGUGUGGCUACGGUGAACGAUUUCCGUUUUAAAAACUCUGUGUUUUAUCUAAUUUUCAACUCAUUUUCGUCACAAGAAAAUAAAUUAAUUUGAAAGUGGACUGUAGUCCUAGAAUUAAAGCUUGACCCUGACGGCUAUGCUUCGUUGAAUUGACCGUUUACUGAUUGAAGAUCAUCCCAAACAGAGGAGAGACAGUUGUUGAUCUAAUGACCCAUAUGAGCAAGCAACAAGUUUUGGACCAUCGCAUUCAGUGAAUAUUCUUCGAAUUUCAUUUAACCGUCACUUCUUCAAAGAGAGAAGUUCGUUCUGUAAUUAUGAUGUUGUUUGUCACACUUUUGGUGUUUGUUUUGGAAACCGUCAAUUCUCUUGAUGUUUCACUAAAACAUGUUAUUGAUAGUCAACCUCUCCAUUUUGUUGACGGUCCUGAAACAGAACAUCAUGUCUUGAAUUCUACAAUUAUUUUGAAAAAAAAAGGUUAUACAAUCGGACCGGUGUUUUACAAUUCUAAAAAAAAGCCUGAGGAAGUAGUAAAUAAUCAUUAUAUUUCACCCUGGAAAAGACCUUUUACACCAUUGGAAAUUAUCAACAAUAAUCAUAAAGGUUCAAAUUGGAAACACAAAUGGAGCAGCUCUACUACAACUACAACUCUCCCUUACGAUGAUGUACAAUUGCAAGUUGAAGUUAUUAACAAUCACAAAUCAGGCAAGAAGCCAUCAACUAUAACUGAUGUACUAGGUGAUCGUGUUAAACAUCCUGAUAUAAUCAGAUCUUCAGCAGUGAGAGUUUUGGAUGCCCCAUCUCAUUUAAAAACAACAAUUAAACACAAUAAAAUCAUAGUUAUUCAAAAAAGGAAUGAUGAAAAUUUAAUCCAACAGCAAAUACAAGCUAAUGAUAUUAAAGGUAACUUUUCAGUUGCUCCAGUUAUGGAUCCUUGGUCAAAUAUUCCUAUUCCGUCUCCCCCUUCUUGGACACCUAAUAAAGACAGGCCUAUCAAAAGUGGAUCACCCGGUUAUCCAAGCAAAGGAGGAUUGUCAAUUAAUGGAGGAUCACCUCAAACGGUACUUCCUAAUUUGCCGUUCAUGCCUUUUUUCAAUUCACUUUUCAGUAAACCACUUUCACCUGCAGCUUUGAAUACAGGUAUGCAAGGUAUAAAGGCUAUGCAAGGGUUUCUACGAAAUUCUCUUUUGGGAGCUAUGUUCUGUUUUUUGCCGAGUGCCUUCAUUGCACUAACCCUUACUGCAACUCAGAGAAGCGAACUACGUUCUUCUCCGGAAAUGGAUGAUUUGGUGAUCUUCUGCAAGAAAUGUCUUGAAAACCUACGAGAAGCAAAAAGUGUGGCAGAAUAUAUGGAAAACAACAGAUUGGAUGAUGAAAACAAACUCCAAAAAUGAACUUAUUUUCCCCAAAAAGGCUUUGAAAUAAACAUUAUUUAUUGAACAGAUCAGUGAUUUUAGUAUGAAUUCAAUGCUACGUUCAAGACCAAAAAUUAUUCACCAAUUGAAGGCUAAGAAAUCAAUUUUCUGGAAUCUAUUUAAUUAAAAGUAGUCAGAUAAAUUAAAUUGUCAAUUAUAUUUAUAUUGACCGCCUUUACAAUGCACAGUAGAACAAAA